GUCGGUCAAAGAUUAUUGGUAAUCUAAGUGAUAAGAUUGAAAUGUAUAUAAAGAAUGCAAAGUAUGCUGCUCGCCAUCACUCUCUUUCCAGUGAAACAAGUGAAUUUCAGUGUGAAAAAUAUGAAAUCUUUAGUCCUCGCCUUUGCUCUUUGUGUCGCAUCAGUUUACGGUGCAUGCGAUGUAGAAUGGACCGAAUACAAUGGCAAAUGUUACAAACCAAUUUCUGCGUCGACAGACAGACCUGGAUACAUGUUUUACAGUGAAGCAGAAAGUGUUUGCGAAGGCCUUGGUGCUGGUCUGCCUUCCAUUCAUUCAUACGAAGAUGGGCUAUUUCUGGGUAGUCAACUAAAAAUCGUUCAGCAAAGUGCAAGUGCAACUGGUCUAUGGCUGGGUGGACGUAUCACAAGCGUUGACGAUUUGACGCCAAUUUGGACUAACAAUUCUCCGGGAAAUUUUCAGAAUUUCAACACUGACGUUGUCAAUUAUGGUUACUUUAGGGUAUUCCCUACUUAUCGAUGCAUCGUUUAUGUUGAUCCACAAUUUGUCAGUGGUGGUGUUGGAAAUUGGGAUAUUGGUAAUUGUGUGAACAGUGGAACACAGCACGGUGUUGUUUGUCAAAAAAAUGCUAAUUAAGGAGCCUUAGUGUUAAGGAAACCAUCUUUAUAGCUGAUUAAAUCACGA